AUGAAUGGGGGAGGUGCAGGACGCCUGGAUGGCUCACAGGCUGAGGAGGACCAGGGGUAUGCGGACCGCAGUGAACCAAACGACGUCUUCGCACCAAUCACGGCGAUCUACGGCUCUAUAACCAAAGGAGCAGCAACGAAUUUCAGCUCCGAAGGGACGAUAUUGAUGACGGAGAAAUAGCAGAUUUUGAAACACUGGGUUGAACGCUCUUAAAGUGCCCUUAGUCGCCAAUCCACAGUCUCUGACACCGUCGUCGACCGGCUUCUUCCAGGGAAAACGGACGACGGCCUGGGCAUCCAUCUUCCCUCCCAGAAACAGCAAGAGCUGUGCACCAACUCUUCGGCAGAAAAGCACUAGAUCCCGAUGCGAUCCGGGCUGAAAUGUACAAGCACAACAGGUCUCGGCCGAUCGACAGACUUACAACACCUUUCCAGUGUAUGCGGCCUCAAAGAAGAAUUCCUCGUGAUUUCAAGAAAGCGACAAUCGUUCAUCUCUACGAGCGGAAAUUAAACAGGAAACUCCGCGAUAACCACAGACGUAUCUCGCUGUUAAACACCACGGGGAAUAUCUUCGUUCACUUCAUCCUCAACCGUCUCGACGGCCUGCUCGAAAAAGGCUUCUGCCGGGAAGCCACUGUGGCUUGCGACGUCAAUGCGAAACCACUGACAUGAUCCCCACCGUCAGCCAGCUGCAAGAGCAAUGCCAUAGAAUGCGCACCCACCUUUACGCUGUCAUCAUGAACCUGAUGAGAGUCGCCGGUACAGUGAAUCGCGAUGGACUGCGGAAAAUCAUGCAGAAAUUCGGCCGGCUUGAACGAUUUGCGCACAUGGUGCGUCAGCUCCAAGACGGGAUGAUGGGGCGCAUCACGGACGACAAGACAAUCUCAGAAGCACCCGCAGUGACGAAUGGGAUGAAGCGGGGCUGCAUACCCACUCCGACCCUCGUCAGUCUCAUGUUUUCUGUCCUGCGGAUGGGUGCCUAUCGUGGCGAGCUCCCUGGGAUCCGUAUCGUCUGCAGGACCGACGGCCACCUUUUUUUAGUCGGCACAUGCGGGCCUUAAAGCGGUUCACCACGGCCACUCUCCACGAUCGCGCACUCAGCAUCUCGACAGAAGUAGACAUAUAACGGAGCAUGGACCUCUUCGCCUCCGGCUGUGGCAACUGCGGGCUGACCAUCACUGUGGACCAAACAGUGGUCAUGCAUCAACCGCCACCCAACGCUACAUACGGUGUCCCUCAAAUUCACUCCAAUGACCCAACUGAAGACUAUUGACAACUUCGUCUAAAUGAACAGAAUACUCUCUCGCUGCACUAAAAUUGACGGCGAAAGGGUUCACUGUAUCUCCAAGGCCAGCCAUGGUUUCAACCGGAUGCAAAACGCUGUAUUGAAUCGCCACGGUCUCCAACUUGACACCAAGUGGUAGAUAUAUGAAGCCAUAAUCUUGAAGACGCUGUUGUAUGGCUCGGAGGGCUGGACGGUCUACGAGGAAUAAGCGCGGAAACCCUAUCAUUUCCACCAUAGUUGUCUCCGCCGGACAUUAAAUCUGAGGUGACAGGAGAAGAUCCCGGACACAGAAGUCUUGGAACAGAUUUGAAUGCUCAGCACCCCCGCCAUACUGACGCAACUGCCUCUAGGAUGAUGCGGCAAACUUGAAAUGAUUGACGACGAGCGCCUACUAAAACGACUCUUCCAUGGAGGUAUCGCCUCCGGUGUUCGCCGACAAGGAAUUAAAAUGCCCCGCUAAAAAGACACCUCGAAUAAUUUCCUGAAGCGAUAAAAAAUCAACCAGAAAACAUGCGACGGACCGCGCACGCACUGGGCGACCUGGAGAAGAGCAGUGAGGACUGGAGCAACCAUCUGUGAGGCCAAUCAGGUCGCCACUGUCAAAUCCAAAAGGUAGACUCACAGGUUCCAGGUGUUCCUGACUCACAACGCCAACCUCAAACCCUUCCCAACAUGCCCGUGCUCUCAACGAAUAUUCCGCCCCCGGAUCGGUUUCGUCGGACAUUUCUGGGCCCAAUGCACCAGCACCUCAAUGAUCUUAAAUGCUGGCGCCCACGACCGUCCCUAAUCCAAUUCCACGUCGCCGACGAGGACGAUCACACUCACCACUGAUGCUCAGCAUUUCCAUGUUCUGCUGCCGUCUUUUGCCGCCUUUUCCAUCAUCCCUGCCACCACCCCCUAGGCGACAGCGACCAUCACCUAUCUCACUCCCACCACCGGUCAGAACAAUCCCGACGCUCCGUCAAUCCCCAACUCCACGUCCAACGAUGUAGACUCGGUCCAAAGCUGCCCUCAUUGCAGUCGCACACUAACUUUACGCAGCGGCUCGGUCGGUCGCUUGCGAUUCCAUCACAUUGCGACUGGCACACCAGUGCCAGGAGCCCCCACAUACUCUUAUUGCAGAAGCCUAAGACGAGAGGGAGACCUUCGCUGAUACGAUCUUCAGACUCAAUCCCGAAUGGAAAGAGAAGAUUGGCGCCAGUUGGGAGGAUUGUAUAUUCUGUGCAGAAUAACUGGUGAGGGGAUUGGAAGGAGUUGUCAGCCAGAGGAAAGUGCAUCCGACUGAGGGAGAGCGACGUCCCUUGGUUGGGUCAGGGAAUGCGUCAAAGCAUAUCAAGCUACGGCACAUCUAACUCCGUCUUGAAUCUGAUUGGCCAAAUGAAAAACCGAAUGGGCAAACGCCAGACUGCUCGGUGUGCACUUACAGACAUUCGCGAGAGGCCCAACAUUGCGACAGGCGCGCGGUGUAGGCCCACUUCACCAAUACGGUAUCCGUCUUCACGUUCCACACUGCCAACGCACAUUCAUUCACCGGAGGGGUCUGUUCGGUCACGUGCCUAUCUACAGCAGCAAAAUUCACCACAAUGUCGACACACCUGGUGUAACCCUCACUGACUUAACAUCUACCAACCUAUGCUACCCACGCUGCAACCGCAAAUUCGCCUCACGUCUCGGCACGAUCGGCCAGUUGCAGAUCUAUCACGCAGAGACUGGCGAACCAGCGCCUGAAGCAUCAAAAUACACCAAAAGCCUUCGCAUAAGCCUAUUCGGUCUCGUGCGCCUAAACGAAAACCUGCGGCCUAUCGCCGUAGACAUGGCCAUAUCACCACAAAUUUCCCCAUCACUACAUGCACCACAUAUGAACACAAACAUCCCCCACCAUCGGCACAUCCCACUUAAAGGGGAAGUGCUCGGUUCGGCUCCUUUCUCCGUGCAGCUCCCCCGCUACAGUUGAGAUCCGAGUUGUCCACCCACUUGUGCAUGAAAUCCUGGUGUGUGUGUGUGUGUGUGCGUGUGUGUGGGGUGUAGGUGUAGGUGUAGGGUGCCGUCUAAACGGGCCACGUGAUAGAUGCGCUGGACCAACACGGGGGCCACACCGGACUCUGGCAGGCGUUAUCUGUGCGCAAUAACAAAUGCUAACAUUUGCGGGGUGCGCUGGAGGACCCUGUUGUCGGCAUUCGUCGCUCAACUGGACCACUGCCGCCUCCCCAUUGUGCUGUGGUCAAAAUCCUGGUCAUUUGUGUGCGGACCAGGGGGUGCGGAGUGGAGCGCCAAGGCGAGGAUCCGUCCGAGCCAUCCACCUGCGGCCUCCCCCGUCUCCGGUCUUCUUGACUCUGUCUUGACACCGGGCUCAGGCGGGGGAGGAGGAGAGAGUGUAGGUAGAUGCAGCGCAAGUCUACCCGCACUAUAAACCCCUGCGCAAGUCACCGUCCCUGCUCCCACCUGGUGUGGGGCACACGGUGGACAUCGUUGAAAUCGACGGUCGAACUGUCGGGAUGUAGGGGUGUCAGCGGUGGGUUCACGUGAUGGUCGUAGUGGUCGCUCACUUGCUUGCAGGUGAGAUUACGCCUAGCGUCCACUUGCUGGCUCUCAACUCUCACCUGUGGCUCCACGUAGCUGGGCUCUGCUCAGCGGCCACACCCCGGGCAACCGCCUCGACCGGCGGGCUAAACCAGGUGAGGGUAUCCGUGCGUGCACCUGCACACGCGGUACUGUGGUCUGCGCUGGCCGGAUGGAUCUUCGCGUCGACAUCGUCGAGACGAGGCUCUGCCUGGACCAUCGCAGGAGGCCACAAGGUAAGUUCUUCUUCAGGUAAGUGCAUUUGCUUUGUUUCUUCCUUUUGUUUGUUGAAGUUCCGUGUCGUACGCUGCUCUUGCUGCCUGCCAUUUAUAUGCUAGUCUGUCUGUUAAUAGCUAAACGACACCCUCGAUGCCUGCUGCGAUUGUCUGUCCGUCAGUCUAUGCCACUCUCUACUAAUAGCUAGGUGCUACGGUGUUUGACUUUGUGUGGUGCCCUCACUUUUGUUUCUGACUGAUGACUGUGUCCGCUUGUCCACUCUAGUUCUAAGUCCCAUAACGUUAGGUAGUGUGUAUGCUCUCUCCUACUUCACUCCAACACAUCAUCACUACCACCAAGGUCCCAGGCUCAUUCGGGUCGUUCUCUCACUAACAAAAAGUCGUGGCCCAUAGUGGAGUCCGGCAGCCGUCUGGGAUAACCGGGCAGCCCUGUUCAGGGAUGCGUUGCCUGCCCCCGCGAGGGGGAGGGGGCUAGAAAAGGUGCCCUUAAGAUCGCUGGGAACCACGCUGUCUGUAGGCUGGCCGUGGCCGCAGACAAAAAACACACGGUCGAAACAGCCAAAACGGAAACAACAACAACAACAACAACAACAACAAUCACUCUCUUCCUCUUCCAGCCUAUCCUUCUUCUCCUUCUUCUUCUUCUUCUUCUUCUUCUUCUUCUUCUUCUUCUUCUUCUUCUUCCUCUUCUUCUUCUUCUUCUUCUUCUUCUUCUUCUUCUUCUCCUACUCCUACUUUUCGCCGCCGCAGUCGCCAGGCUGGCAGGGGGAGCCCGCUCACUCUGGCAGCCUGGAAUGUUCGUUCCCUUUUAGACAAUCCGAGGAGCAACCGACCGGAACGGAGGACGGCGCUAGUGGCACGAGAACUGGCGCGCUACAAGGUGGACAUCGCCGCACUCAGCGAGACCCGAUUCUCCGAACAAGGCCAACUGGAGGAGGUGGGUGCCGGCUACACCUUCUUCUGGAGUGGUCGACCCAGGACAGAGCGAUGUGACGCGGGUGUCGCCUUUGCCAUCCGGACCGACAUCGUGGGACGACUGCCCUGUUUGCCGCAGGGCAUCAACGAUCGCCUGAUGAGUCUCCGCCUGCCUCUCCAGCGAGGAGGCAAAUUCGCCACCAUCAUCAGCGCAUACGCUCCGCCGAUGAGCAGCCCCGACGCCGCCGCUAGAGACAAAUUCUACGAGGACCUGCACGCCCUCUUGGCGACUGUGUCAAAGGCGGACAAGUUGAUUGUCUUUGGCGACUUCAACGCUCGCGUCGGCACCGACCAUACUGCCUGGAGAGGAGUGCUGGGUCCCCACGGUCUCCACGGCUCCAACGAAAACGGCCUGCUUCUCCUCCGCACCUGCGCAGAACACCGCCUAAUCCUGACAAACACGUUCUUCUGUCUGCCGGAGCGAGAGAAGGCCACCUGGAGGCAUCCUCGUUCGCGUCAGUGGCACCUGCUGGACUAUGUCCUCGUCCGGAGGCGAGACCAGCGGGACGUGCUGGUGACGAAGGCGAUCGCGGGUGCUGACGGGUGGACCGACCAUCGCCUCGUCGUCUCGAAGAUGCGUAUUCGCCUACAGCCUCGCAGGCGACCACAAGGUAAGCGACCCCCAGGUAGGCUGAAUAUUGCCUUGUUGUCUUUGCCCGCUCACCAUCUCCAUUUCAGCAAUGAGCUAGCUCAACGGCUAGACAACCUUCCUAUUGCUGCCGACGCCGACGCCGCCGACGCCGCCUCCGCCGCCGCCGCUGCCGAGAACGCCUCCGUGGAGAACCGCUGGUGUCACGACACGAUCCAGUUGACGGCGCUCGCCAUCAUCGGUCGCGCUCCCCGCCAACACCAGGACUGGUUCGACGACAACGACGCCGCCAUCAGAAGUCUGCUUGCCGAGAAGAACCGCCUACACAAAGCCUACGUAGAACAUCCCACUGAUGCCAACAAAGCUGUCUUCUACCGCAGUCGCCGCCACCUUCAGCAACGACUGCGCGAUAUGCAGGACGCCUGGACUGCUCGCAAAGUUAAAGAGAUUCAAGGAUACGCGGACAGCAAUGAAUGGGAGUACUUCUUCUCUGCGAUCAAAGCUGUCUACGGUCGGCCGACGAAGGGCACUGCUCCUCUCCUCAGCGCUGACGGUAGCACUUUCCUGACUGAGAAGACGCAAAUCCUACAACGAUGGGCCGAGCAUUUCCUAACCGUCCUCAACCGCCCCUCCGUCAUCUACGACGCCGCCAUCGAGCGUUUGCCGCAAGUGGAGACCAACGUGGACCUCGACCUCCCGCCAUCUCUCCAAGAAACCAUCAGGGCCGUGCAGCAGCCCUCCAGCGGGAAAGCACCCGGAUCGGACGCAAUCCCUGAUGAGGUCUACAAGCACGGAGGUCCCCUACUGAUGGAUCACCUGACUGCGCUUUUCCAGGAGAUGUGGCGCCAAGGUGAAGUCCCGCAAGAUUUCAAGGACGCAACUAUCGUGCACCUAUACAAGCGCAAAGGGAAUCGCCAAGUCUGCGACAAUCACCGUGGAAUCUCCUUGCUGAACAUCGCCGGGAAGAUCUUCGCUCGCAUCGUGCUCAACCGCCUCACUAACCAUCUGGAACAGGGCCUUCUGCCGGAAAGCCAAUGCGGCUUCCGUCGUCAUCGUGGGACAACGGAUAUGAUCUUCGCCGCCCGUCAACUACAGGAGAAGUGCCAGGAGAUGGGGACACACCUGUACUCUACCUUCGUGGACCUGACGAAAGCCUUCGACACGGUGAAUCGUGAAGGACUGGGGGAGAUCAUGCAGAAAUUCGGCUGUCCGUAG